AUGUCAGUGCAAAGGUUUCUGAAGUUAGAGGAAGCAUUAGAACUAUUCAAUAGUUUAGAUUCAGAUGAGAGCGAAGUUGAAAUUGUUGUGUUGCCACCAGAUGCCAGUGAACUAACUGACGAAGAUGAAGGGGAUGAGAAUGAAGUAAAUACUGGUGAGAUUACUGUAACCGAUGUUCCUGGGUCUCUAAUUUAUCUUUUCAAAAGUCUUGGUGAACAGGGUUUUCGAGCUACAGUAACCAUACGAGAAAAUCGGAUAAACCAUGAGUUUCCUUUAGAAGAAUCUAAGUCUAUGCGGAAGAAAGAAAGAGGUACGUCUGAUUUUACAUUUGACGAGAAAUCUGAGAUUUUCCUGGUGCGAUGGAAUGAUAAUAGUACUGUCACUGUUGCUACAAAUUUCAGCACUUCAGAACCAUUCUUUGAUCUGAAGAGGCGAGUGAGAGGACACAAAGAUAAAAUUAACGUAAAGAUACCAAGUUUAAUUAAUUCUUACAACAAACAUAUGGGCGGUGUGGAUCACCACGACUAG